CAAAUCGAGUUCCUUCUGCUGAAGGGGAAACCCAGUCUGGACUCAGACCGUCUGGUUGAGCGUCUCGACAGUGCGGAUCCGCUACAAUCGCUUAUGAUACUUGCGUCCAAGGUCAGGCAGCUGAUUUCAGAGCCCUCAUCUGCUUCGGAUUCCUUGCAAUCUUUCGGAAUCACGAAGCUAGCGUCAUGGAUCGACUCCUGCAGACACUUGGAUUUAGAACUGGUCCAAUGGACCCAAACCUUGCCGGAACUCUGGCUACCCCUCGAAACCCGCGCAUACACGGGCGAGGAUGUGCUCACGUACCGAGAGAUGAUUACUGCGGUUAUUUGGGCCCACUACCGCGUCCUUCGGAUCUUUAUCCAUGGUGCCAUGGCAGAUCUUUUCCGAGCACUGGUCUCUAUGGUUAAUUCCCCCGGGAUUCAGCGAGAAGCGUCUCAGCAUGAGGCAGAUGGCUUACAGCUAAGCCUCGAUAUGAUCUCCGAUUCCUGUCGGAGUGUGCCAUUCUGCUUUGGGGAAAUUGAUAUGUUUGGAAACCCGAUGCCUCCGUCCGAGCAGGGAAUGUCGCGGGUUCGAGCUUUCUACCUCUACAGUAUGCUGUGGCCCCUGUGGUAUAUUCUGUCAUGUGGGCUGGCUACGCCCGAACAGACCCAGAUGAUCCGAGGCGUGAUGGCCCGGACGGGCUCGGAAGCUGGCAUCAAGCUGGCUACUAUGUUGGCGAGUUACGAUGGCGAGGAUGCUAUGGCGAAUAUGCCCCAAUUGUACUCUCUGGAACGUUCAGUGAGGGAGGUGUCUGUCAUGUGA